AUGCCGGAGGGGGAAGAAGAGGACGCCAGCAGUCGCUUCUCCUACGGCGAGCUGCACGAACGCCUCUCCAAGAUCGGCCGCCUUGCGCGCAGCCGCGAAACACCGGAGAGCCGGCGCAGCGCCCUCGCGGAGGCGCAGCGGGACAUGUCUGAGCUGCUGCGGCGGCUGCGGCACCAGUGCCGCUUCAGCGAGUCGCCGUCUGCGCGGGUGGUGGAGGCGCAAGCGCUGAUGCAUCAAGCAGUGCUCUUCCGCGAAGCGUCUGACGUGCUCGGCGAGGCGCAGGCGUACGACGACGCCUCCACGUUGUGGUUCCGCGUCGAGCGGGAGCGGCGGCUGCUGAACUUCCCAACNUGA